AUGUAUUUAACACGAUCAUCAUCGAUACUCUAUGAAAUAUUAAAUAAAACUUUAAAUUAUUCAUUCAAGAAAAAAGAUGAAAAACGAUUUAUCAAUGUACGACUUCAACUAUUAGAUCAACAAUAUUGUUUAGAAAAGGAUCGACAAUUAUGGCAAUAUUAUUUAGAUAUUGGUUUACAACAACACUUAUGGCCAGAUCAAUUUUAUACGAUGGCAAAGAAAAAUGAUUUCGAUUUGUGUAAACAAUAUGUAAUGAAUUAUAUAGAAAAUAAUAAAAAACUAUUGAAUCACUGUCAAUUUGAAUUAACAAAACAAGAACAACCAUUUCAAACAUGUCCAAUGAUAGAAUUAUCAUAUGAAAAAAUGGAACAACGACUUCAAGAAUUAGUGAAUCGUGAAUGA